AUGACCUCUACUUUGCGUGAUAGUCAAAGGAAUAAUAUCGAGAAUUUACUGAAUUUUAAUACGAAGAAGACUGAAGAUUUAACUUGGAAGAUAUUAAUUUUAGAUAACGUCUCUAAAGACGUCCUCAGUACAGCCGUGAAAGUACAGGAUCUUAGAGAACAAGGUGUUACACUUCAUGCUUUCCUACAUACCGAUAGACCACAAAUAAAUGAUGUUCCAGCUAUCUAUUUCGUAGAACCAACUUCUGACAACAUCAAGCGUAUCUCAAAUGAUGUUAGAAAUUCACUAUACGAAUCAUUUUAUAUUAACUUUACGUCCAAUAUACCCAAACAACUCCUCGAAGAAUUCGCCAGCUCAAUUGCACAAACAGGAAGAGAAGAGCUCAUCAAGCAAGUUUACGAUCAAUAUUUAGAUUACGUUGUUAUGUCACCUACGUUGUUCUCUCUUCUACCAUUAUCAGCCAGCUCGUCUUCUUCAUUCGAGAUACUUAAUAAUCCAUCAUCAACUGAGGACCUUAUUGAGGCUGAGGUGGAUAGAAUAUCACAAGGAUUGUUUAGCGUACUUGGUACGAUUGGCAGCGUGCCUAUCAUUAGAUGUCCUAGAGGCAACGCGUCAGAAAUGGUAGCUAGGAAAUUAGACGAGAGACUUCGUCAUCAUUUACUCUCUACACGCAAUUCUAGUCUUUUUAGUGAUGAUAAGAGUCUUCAAAGGCCACUCCUGAUCUUGUUCGAUAGGACUUUGGACUUGAUCCCUAUGUUCUCGCAUAGUUGGACAUAUCAGGCUUUGAUAGGCGACGUACUUGACCUUAAACUCAACAGAGUUAAAGUUGAAACACCAGAGAAUGGAAAGUUGUCGAAAAAGUCUUACGAUCUUGACCACAAGGAUUUCUUCUGGUCUAAGAACGCGCCUAAUCCAUUCCCACAGGUUGCUGAAGAGAUAGACGCCGAAUUGACCAAGUACAAGAGUGAUGCUACUGAGAUUACAAGGUCUACCGGCGUAUCUGACGUCAAAGAUAUCAAUCAAGUUGACUUCUCGUCAAAUGCCGCUAAUCUUAAAAAUGCAAUCACUGCCCUCCCUGAACUCACAGCUAGAAAGACAAUCUUGGACUCCCAUAUGAAUAUUGCAACAUCGCUCUUGACUGCAAUCAAGACAAGAGGUCUUGAUACGCUUUUCCAAACUGAGGAAGUAGCUUCUAAGCAAUCAAAAAAUCAGAUAUUGGAAGUAUUGAAGGAAGUUGAAGGCGCUACUCCUGAAGAUAUGCUUAGAUUGGUCAUCAUCUGGUACUUAUCAGUUGCUUCACCUAAUUCAGCUGAUGUUGCAGAAUUGGAGAAGUAUUUGAGUGAAAAAGGUAUCGAUUUGAAACCAUUCUCUUACAUAAAACAAGCCCGUCAAGUUAGCAGAAUGACAUCACUUACUGCUGCCGCAUCGACUGUUGCACCUACGCCAAACGCAGGCGGUAGUGACCUAUUCAAAGGAUUCAGUUCUAUCAGUAAUAGAUUAACAGACAGAUUGCGUGAGGGUGGUGUCGGUUUCGACAACAUCCUUUCGGGUGUGAAGAACUUCCUUCCAGCAAAGAAGGAAUUGGCUAUCACAAGACUGACGGAAGCCCUCAUGGAUCCUUACAACUGCUCGACCCAAGCAAGCCAGGAUGUAGACGACUACUUGUACUUUGAUCCAAAGCAAUCAAGGUCGACUUACGGUCAAAAGCCAAGACAACAAGGUGGACACAAACAAAGUUAUGAUGAAGCAUUGGUUUUCGUAGUUGGUGGUGCUUCACUUGUUGAACAUGCAAACUUAGUAGAGUGGGCAACAAGACCACAGCAAACGCAAAAGAAGGUGACGUACGGUGGUACAGAUAUUAGCUCACCAAAGGAAUUCGUUAGUAUAUUAUCUAAUUUGUCGUAAUCUAUUAGUUUUACAUUCUAUAUAAAUUUAUGUACCGAAACCGGCCCAUUCUAACGAGAUAUAAUCUACCUUUUCAGUUUUGUUGUUGUAUGAUGUUAGCAAGUGGACUUUCUUGACUGUCGUUCCUAAUCUUCCUAGGGCUACGAUGUCUAAUGGUUUUAUAACUGAUGAAGUAUCUUCUAAAACAGUGACUGUGUAGUGACUAUGAUAUCUCAAUGGAUCACCAGGGUAGACGAGAAAAUGACCACCAAAACGCAAGCCAUCACCCAUGAACAUACCUCUAUCCCAAAGAUCCUUGAAGACUCUACAUUUAUUUAACUCUAGUUGAUUGUGUGGGUAUGUCCAAACAUUUGCUGAUCUUGCACUCUCUAAAUCUGAAUAAAUGACGUUGUUAUCAUCGAAUGUGAAUGGGGAUGUUGCUGGAAUUGUUAAUGUGUAGCUAUUUGGUAACCUUGACUCUUCUUUAUCGAUUGGUGUAGGUGGUGCAGAACUGAAUGCGCUAUCUGAGUCAAUGACAAUACCUGCUUUUGCUUUUGCUGCUGCUCUCUCUUGUCUCUUCUGUUCACGCUUUUGUAUGUCUGCUUCUGACAACUGUGGUUGUUUCUGAGUUCUAGCUUUCAAUUCUUGUGCUUCUGUCUGAAUCUCUGACAAUUUUCCAUUAUGAUAGUCACUAAUCUCAGAUUCUGUGGGUAACCUAGCAUUAUUGAGAUCAACGAACUCAGCAAUACCUUGAUCAACUAAUAAAUAGGCUUCUUCAGGGAGUAACAAUAAAGGUGGUCCGAGGAAUACAUUCUGCUGUUGUAUACCUGGUAAAGUACCAACUAAAGUACCACAUAUAUGAUAGUCGACUCUCAAUUUAGCGAUAUCAUGUACAUUCCAGACGUAAGCUCGUUUGUUUGAUAGACCAAUUCUCACUUUCAUCGCUGUAACUUCUU